UACCACCAUUAUUUUUAAACGCAUCGUUGAACUAACGAGAGAGAAGUAAGAAAAAACGGUUUAAACGUGUACUAUCGAAAGAAUUCUUUUACGAACGAGUUCUUGUCAUCGUUUUUUGGCAAAGAUAUAGGAGUAAGUAAAAAAUUAUGGGAACCCGCAAACCGAUUCGAACGUACCAGAGAAAGAUCGUGAAGAAUUCCUUCGUGGGUUUAUCGGCGCUACCUGUCCGAACGAUUAAAAAGUACGAUCCUGUGGAAAACGUGCAAACACGCUUGGAUAAAAGUGGAACGUUCAUCGACGAGUCCCUGAAUUAUGAUCCGUUUGAAACGACUUUUGACAGGCUCGCCAAAGACGCGAUUGUUCCUCCUUUGCCACCGGAUGCAAAUCGACACGAUUCAUCGAACCGCGGCAGUAGUGAGAGCGAUACCAGCAAUGUGACAAAUAUAAAAUCUCCUGAACAUGAUGCGUUCACCCUUUUUGCAGACAAUGGCGCAUCCAGUUUGAUGCACAAGAGUGUUAAACUUGGUCGUAGAUGCAACAGGUCACGAAAGUCCAAGUUGAAUGCUCCAACAUCAAAGACAAAAGCAGAGCAACAGAAAAGGCAAGCGAGUAAAAUGCAAAAAAGAAGCAAGAUGGCACAAAAUAUAUCCAACGAGCCUGAUAACAAGUGCGACGAACAACGACCUCGUUCCAAACGUGAUACUACGAGUCGUUUAAAGAACGCUGUGUACGAUGAGAGCGAUGUUUUGCACCACUCGUGUAAGAAGAUUUUAAAGACUGACGAAGUCACAACCACGCUACAGACCAUGGUGGACGGUUUUGUCACGGAUUUGAAAUGCGUAUCAAGUAACUUGCGAAACGUCAAACCAUGUUUCGUUAAGUUGGUCCGUUGCAUCGAUCAAAAUUCGUAUGAGCCAAAUACUGAGAAAAGCGUGGCGGAUACGCGGAUAAAACGUUUACAGAGAAAUGAAGAUAUUAACGAAAUAGUACACAACACUGAUUCACGAUCGAACUCGACUGAAUAUAACGGUAUCAUAGAAAACUUUAGGAAUAUAUCACUUAAAUCAUGUUCGGUGGUGUUAUGUGACGAUAUUCGAAAUUGUAGGGAGAAAUGUAUAAACGGCUACCUUGAUAAAUCGGUCGUGUCGAGUUCAGUCUUCCACGAUUCGUCCAAAAUCGUUUCUCGUUGCAGUGAUAAUGUUAAGCUUGCCAUACGCCACCAUACGGAAGGAAACGGUGAAAAUAUAAUAAUAAGAGACAGUUUCGUGAGACUAGAGAAAUUAAAGAGGGAAGACUUUCUUAAGAAGGACCGUGUAACUUCUAACGAGAGAAAGCGACAGAUGGUCGUUUCUAGUACUCCCAUUGACAAAUUGACGCGGGUUAGACCUUCUACCUGUUCAGUAUUACUGUCCCCUAUUGACACCAAAGAAGGUACAUCACAUUUUGAACAAAAUUUCUCGGUGAUGACGGAGAAGAAUGUUCUCAACUUCACACCGUCUGCUAAUCAUUCCAAUAAGAAAAUUCGUUUGUCGAUUGCACAAUCGGAAGAUUGUAAAUUCGAUGUUGCGGAUAUACACGAACAGCAGACACAAAUUUUAUGUUCGUCGCAGUCUACGCGAAUAAUGGAGGAUUUUGUUGUCAAGACUGAAACAAUAUCUUUCGAGGAGGAUAUUUAUACGGCAAAUACGCAAAAGUAUAAUAUGGAAGAUGAUGCAGUACUCCCAUGUUCCUUGAACACGUUCGCAGCCACCGAUCAAUCACGAUCGUUAUUUAGUACGGAUACAACGUACGAUCACUCCACGCGAGACGCAGUUAAAAAUGAAAUAAAAGAACAAAUUGACGAAAUGAUCAGUUUUCCCGUCGAUUUACGUUCCGAGCAAGAGUGGAGUGAUAAGGCCCUUUUAUCUUUUAACUUUUAUCAACAACCAGGAGGAAGCAAUCUCGAACGUUCAAAAAGUACGAGUUCCAAUCAACCUUUCCAUCAGGUUGAAUCGAAAUUCGACACGACAGUUGAACGAUACAGCGAUAGCAUAAACGCCAUAAACAGACAAAUAGAAAAAUCGAUUUUCUUAAAACCCGGUAAAUCUUGGACCAGAUCUUUAUCGAUAUUAAAUAACAUAAAUGAUGAGUGUAAUUUAGAUAAAUUAAGUCUCGGCAAGGGAAGGAAGUGGAGGAACAGUGUUAGAGAUCUGCUGGAUAUGCAGAAACAAGGAAUUGUCCAAAGCUGCUGCGAGAAACAAAAGGAUGAUUUACCAAGCCCUGAUGUAUCAAAUAGAUCUUCGUUCGACAUCGAUAGACACGAAACAUUUAAUUCAACGAACCACGUUAGAUUUUCCAAGAGGAUCUCGGUACGAGUUGUACCUAACGAUACGAGCGUUAACCACGAAGUGAAAGACGUACCAUUUCUCGAGGCAUUUGGGAUAAAUUCGAAAUUAUCGCUUUCGCGUGCAGAUCAGACGCAAUCAGCGACGCGCGAUGAUCUAAUCAGAAAGCAUUCCACGACUGCGAAAGAUGUCGUUUUAAAAAAGUGUUCGCAGCAACGUUAUCUACCCUUUUCAAGGUGUUUUCCCAAGUCGUAUUUAAUGCACUGUCGUAAAAUUGGUGAAGGUGUUUACGGAGAAGUCUUUCUUUACGAAAACAAUUUCAAGAAAACAAAAUCCGUUAUAAAAAUUAUUCCUAUAGAGGGCAAAGAGUUAGUCAACGGUGAGCCGCAAAAGAAAUUCAACGAAAUAUUAUCGGAAAUUGUGAUUGCACAAGAAUUGAGUAACCUCCGAUCAAACGAUGUAUGCAGAACUGGAGGAUUUGUAGAGGUCAAAAACAUAAAAUGUAUUAUUGGAACGUAUCCGAAAAAACUGGUAAAACUUUGGAACGCUUAUGAUGAGGAGAAAACAUCUGACAACGAUUGCCCCUCGAUGUUUGAUAAAAAUCAAUUGUACAUCGCCCUUGAACUCGGUCACGGUGGUGAAGAUCUCGAAGCUUUCGUUUUCCAAACCGCGGAUGAGACUUGUGCUUUAUUUUUCCAAGUUGGUUGCUUAUAUAUAUGCCUUUAUCGCUCCUUCCUCCCUCUCUCCUUCUCAUUUCUUGCACAUUUUUAUUAUUCUCUGUUUAUUUUCAUUCCUUUACAGAUCGCGUUCGCGUUAGCAGUUGCGGAACGGGCGCUUGAAUUUGAACACAGAGACUUGCAUUGGGGUAACGUAUUGAUAUCGAAAACAACAGAUAAAUAUAUAUAUUACAAGCUGGAUGAAAAAGAAAUCAGACUUUUGAGCAACGGCGUAAGGGUAUCUAUCAUAGACUUUACUUUGUCGAGAAUGUUGUAUCAGCAAUGUUGCAUAUAUAAUGAUCUUGCACUGGAUCCGGCCUUGUUCACCGCUCAUGGCGAAUAUCAAUUUGAGAUUUAUCGUCUUAUGCGCGACAAACUUCAGAAUAAUUGGCGAGAGUUUGAGCCUUAUACGAAUAUUUUGUGGUUACAUUACAUUCUGGACAAGAUGAUUACGAUGGUACGAUAUAAAAGGAAGGACUUGAGAAUACACGACUACUCGAUUGGCCGAUUAAAGGAAUUAAAAAAUUUAAUCUUAAACUACGACAGUACGUACGACUUUGUAACUAAUUACAACGAUAUUCCAUGCCGAUGUUUCUAAUAUACAUGGGCUUGUAAGUGUUCCAAUAAAGUUUUUGAGCCAUUGGAGGAAA